GUGACUCAGCUCCAGUUCGGCUAGAUUGCACCCCACAACCUAGUCGAAGCACGGCAAGGUUGGUCUGCAGCCCAACUAAAACCCUAACGUUGGUGAGUUCCCAUGACAAAAGAAAAACCCUAGAAACACAUAUCGGUCUCUUCAACAAUCAUAUCCUCAAUCUGUUCACUGCAGCAUUUAAAAAACAAAGCAACCACCAUCUCCGAUAAUGGGAAAAGCAGAACCAUUAGUAAGCUCAAAAGCAGAGCUAAAGCACAAGCAAAACCUCAAAAAGAAAGCGAAAUCAGGUGGCUUCGAAUCCCUAAACCUAAGCCCUAAUGUAUACAAUGGAGUCAAGCGGAAAGGUUACCGUGUCCCUACACCUAUCCAACGCAAGACCAUGCCUAUCAUUCUCUCCGGCUCCGAUGUUGUCGCUAUGGCUCGUACGGGCUCUGGUAAAACGGCAGCGUUUUUAAUUCCUAUGCUUGAGAGAUUGAAACAACAUGUGUCUCAAGGUGGUGCUAGAGCUCUCAUUUUGUCACCUACUAGGGACUUGGCUUUGCAGACUUUGAAAUUUACUAAAGAGCUUGGCAGGUUUACUGAUCUUCGAGCUAGUUUAUUGGUUGGUGGUGAUAGCAUGGAAAGUCAGUUUGAGGAAUUAGCUCAGAAUCCUGAUAUAAUAAUUGCAACUCCUGGUAGGCUUAUGCACCAUUUGUCUGAGGUUGAUGAUAUGUCAUUACGGACUGUGGAAUAUGUGGUUUUUGAUGAAGCAGAUAGUCUAUUUGGUAUGGGUUUUGCUGAGCAGUUGCAUCAAAUCCUUACCCAGUUGAGUGAGAAUCGACAGACCUUGCUUUUUAGUGCAACUUUGCCAAGUGCUCUUGCUGAGUUUGCUAAGGCUGGUCUAAGAGAUCCUCAGCUUGUUCGGCUUGAUGUGGAUACUAAGAUUAGCCCUGAUUUGAAGACUGUGUUUUUCACUUUACGGCAAGAGGAAAAAUAUGCGGCACUGCUAUAUUUGGUUAGGGAGCACAUUAGUUCUGACCAGCAGACUUUGAUUUUUGUGUCCACUAAACAUCAUGUUGAGUUCCUUAAUAUUUUGUUUCGAGAAGAGGGUAUCGAGCCUUCUGUAUGUUACGGUGAUAUGGAUCAAGAUGCACGAAAGAUUCAUGUAUCGAGGUUCAGGGCACAAAAAACUAUGUUGUUGAUUGUAACAGAUGUGGCGGCUAGGGGGAUUGAUAUCCCCUUGCUUGAUAAUGUCAUCAACUGGGACUUCCCCCCAAAACCUAAAAUUUUUGUCCAUCGUGUAGGACGAGCUGCAAGGGCAGGUCGGACUGGUACAGCGUUCUCUUUUGUGACAUCUGAAGAUAUGCCUUACCUUUUGGAUCUUCAUCUAUUUCUUUCUAAACCAAUCAGGGCUGCUCCAACUGAGGAAGAGGUUGUGAAGGACAUGGAUCGAGUUAUGAUGAAAAUUAAUGAAGCAGUUGCAAAUGGGGAAACUAUUUAUGGACGUUUCCCGCAGACGGUUCUCGAUCUCGUUUCAGAUAGAGUUCGAGAGGUUAUUGAUUCAUCUGCAGAACUGACUUCCUUGCAGAAAACCUGUACAAAUGCUUUUAGGCUGUAUACAAAGACAAAACCCUUACCUGCAAAGGAGUCCAUUAGAAGAGUAAAAGAUUUGCCCCAUGAAGGUAUACAUCCAAUUUUUAAAAAUGGUUUGGGAGGUGGUGAGUUAACUGCACUCGCAUUUUCUGAGCGCUUAAAAGCAUUUAGACCCAAACAGACUAUACUGGAAGCUGAAGGUGAAGCUGCUAAAUCAAAGAAUGCGAGGGGUCCUUCUAGUCAAUGGGUUGAUGUGAUGAAGAGGAAAAGAGCUAUUCAUGAGAAGAUCAUUAAUUUGGUACAUCAGCAUCGUUCUAUCCAGCAAGAGGACAAGGAAGUUGAAUCUGAAAUUCCUUCUUCAAGCGGGAAGGAGAAAAAAGAAGCUCGUGGUUCUAAAAGGAAAGCAAAAAGUUUCAAAGAUGAGGAGUACUAUAUAAGUUCAGUACCAACGAAUCAUCAUACAGAGGCAGGCCUUUCAGUUAGAGCUAAUGAAGGCUUUGGAUCAAAUAGGUUGGAAGCUGCUGUCCUAGAUCUGGUUGCUGAUGAUAGCGGGGGCAUGCAGAAACAGAAGACUGUAUACCAUUGGGAUAAGAGGGGUAAAAAGUACAUCAAAUUGAAUAAUGGUGAACGUGUUACAGCUAGUGGAAAGGUAAAAACAGAAGGUGGUGCAAAAGUAAAAGCCAAUAAAACCGGGAUAUACAAGAAGUGGAAAGAACGGUCACACAGAAAAGUCUCUCUUAAAGGAGCCAGUGACGAAGGGAAUGCUGAGCAAACCUCAACCUUCUCAGGAGACAAUCGAUUGCGAGGUAAUAAUAGAAAGUUUAAAGGUGGCAAGAAGCAGAACUUCAUGCCUAAUGCUAAUGUGCGUUCAGAAAUUAAAAGUCUUGAACAAGUUCGCAAGGAGAGGCAGAAGAAGGCCAGCCAAAUGUCUCAUAUGAAGAGCAAGGGUGCCGGGGGUAAGAAGAAAUUUGGUAAAAAUGGAAAGAGAGGAAAGACGAGGAAAUAAGACCUGCCAGGUUUGAUUGCUUGAAUUGGUAUUCAUUCUUCAGUUGGAAUCUUUUUGUAGAAUUGGAGUAAUGGUGGGGGAACCCUUGCCCCCAUUACUCAGAUUGUAAAGUUUUUUUGACCUCUCCGAUCUUAUGAGCAUAGUUUUUUGUUAUAUUAUCUCCAGUCCUAACAAUUCAAAAAAGAGAGAAAAAAAAGGAAGAAUUUACUCA